UCAAAAUCAAUAGUCGUUGUUUGGCACCGCAAUAUUCGAUUCAUAAUUGAUGCGUUCCAAUAAAAUUUAAACGAAACUCAUUUCUUAUCAAACAUCACUUGUACUGUUACCGUUGACGUGAAAGCAUCCAGAGAACAUGGAAAAACCUUUCCACUUUGCCUACAAUCCAAAUCAAAGACAAUUUAUUGAAGACGAUAGACGGUAUAAGGAGAAAUUGUCUCAAAUAACUGGUGGUGAGAAUGACGAUGUAUCAAAUAAUAUCUUGCUCCGACCAAAAGAAGUUGAAUAUGAUGCGGAUCAGUUGGAUGAACAUGACUCCUUUUAUCACACUACAAAAAGUCUGCUCGUUCUUUUCCAAAUUAUGGGCGUCAUGCCGAUCAUGAGAAGUCCACCAGGUUCAAAACUGCCACGCACCACAUUCCAAUGGUGCUCAAAGGCAUUCAUCUGGGCCUAUACAAUUUAUGCCCUCGAAACGUUUGUGGUGUGUUACAUAGCCCGCGAACGAAUAAACAAAUUUCUUCGCUCGUCCGAAAAGAAAUUCGACGAAAUCAUCUACAACAUCAUCUUCAUGAGCAUUUUGGUGCCACACUUUCUGUUGCCGGUGGCAUCGUGGCGAAAUGGUUCCGAGGUGGCCAAAUUCAAAAAUAUGUGGACAAAGUACCAACUGCAAUACUUGCGUGUUACGGGCACACCGAUCGUUUUCCCGAAUCUGUAUCCGCUGACGUGGGCACUGUGUUUCGUGUCGUGGUUCGCCAGCAUUUUCAUUAUGCUGUCACAGUACUUGCUGCAACCGGACUUUGAUUUUUUGCACACAUUUGCGUACUACCACAUUCUAGCGAUGCUAAACGGUUUCUGCAGCCUCUGGUUCAUUAAUUGCACUGCAUUCGGAAUCGCUAGUAAGGCUCUGGCGGCUAACUUGAACAAAGCGUUGGAGAGUUACAAACCGGCCCAUAAACUGACGGAAUAUCGUCAUCUUUGGGGCGACUUAAGUUAUAUGAUGCAACAACUAGGCAGAGCCUAUUCAAAUAUGUAUGGGCUGUAUUGUCUUGUGAUAUUUUUCACCACUAUAAUCGCCACAUUCGGAGCUCUAAGUGAAAUUCUAGACCAUGGAGCUACAUUCAAAGAAUUCGGCUUGUUUGUGAUCGUUUGCUAUUGCAUGACGUUACUGUUCAUUAUAUGCAAUGAGGCUCAUCAUGCUUCUGAGAAGGUGGGUCUAGACUUCCAAGUGCGUUUGCUCAGUGUAAAUUUAACAGCCGUCGAUAAGGAUACCGAAAAGGAGGUGGACAUGUUUCUGAUUGCCAUUGCAAAAAAUCCUCCGACCAUGAAUCUGGACGGUUAUGCGAAUAUUAAUCGAGAAUUGAUAACAACGAAUAUUUCAUUCAUGGCUACAUAUUUGGUCGUUCUGCUUCAAUUCAAAUUGACAUUGUUGCGACAAAAUGCAAAAAGAAUUCUGAUAGAGGGAAUGGCAUCCGCAUCAAAGAACGCUGGAAUGAACUCAACAGUAUCGCCCACUUAGUAAAAUUUGGUUUAGGUGAAUGUGUUGUGGAUGAAUGAGUCGUGAGUAUAAAAGAAAAUUUUCC